GACGCGCAUUCCCUUAGGUAACAGCACCCAUGAAGAGGAUCGUAGGAUGGAUGACCCAGAAGACGACUACAAUGGAUCUCAUUCAAUUCUUACUUGGGCUAAAGACACCAUCCUCACCCCCUUCUACAUCCUAACCUCGCCUGCCCUUCUCCGCACCUAUCUCCGCACCCUCCUCCUCCUCCUAACCUCCACGUUCCUCUUCGCCCUCGCCGUAAUAGCGUACAGCUCCUUCUACCUCUCCUACAUUCCUGUCCGCGGCGUCGAUGUCCCGGUUUAUUUGCAAUUUCCAACAUCGGCUGCAGCUAUGCAUCUGACGUUUCCCUAUGGUGUCGCAAAAUUGGAGGGGCUGGUUUCGAGGCAGAAAUAUGAUGUGAUGGUCGAAAUGGGUUUACCGAGGAGUGAAGCGAAUUUGAGGGCUGGGAAUUGGAUGGUGGGUCUGGAGAUACGUGGACCGGGGGCCGGGCCGGGGGCGGAGACGGGGGCAGGAACGCUAGGGGGUGGUUUUGUGGGGAAGAUGGAGAGGGCGCUGGGGUGGGCGGAAGAUUGGGAUGCGGAGGAUUUUCCUUCCAUGGCUAAGGCUGAGAGGGAGAAGCCCCCUCAGACAGGAGGCAAUACGCAGGACAAGCACAAAAUAGGUGUAGAAGCAGGCGCCCUACUAGCACGAUCGCGCAGACCCGCAAUCCUAACCUACCGCUCCCCUCUCACCGAAUUCACCUACCGCGCCAUCCGCCUCCCGUUCUACAUCCUCAACUUCAAGCACGAAGCCGAAACCAUCAGGGUUCGUAUCAUGGAGGGCGUGGAGUUCGGCAAAGGCUGGCAAAAUGUACCCUCGACUCUCCGUCUCGAACUCCGAAGUACAAUUCCGUUAGAGGUGUAUAAAGUUAGUGUGAAGUUUGUAGCGAGACUGGAGGGCCUAAGGUGGGUUAUGUAUGAGUAUCGAUUCCCCAGUUUUGUGGUUUUUACAGUGUUGUUUUGGGGAGUGGAGAUGUGCGUUGUGUUAGUUACUUGGGGGUUUUUUUCGCUGGUACUUUCGGGAGCUGGGGCUGGGGGAGAGGAGAUGCAAGAAGCACAAGGUCGUGGUAAAGUUAAAAGGGAAGAAGGCCUCGCAACUCCGAAAACAGACCCAGACCCAGCAUCUUCCGCCCCUUCAACCCCGCUAUCCGACACCUCGCGUACCUUUCCAACACUUUCGUCCCACAGACGCCUCCACUAUUCGUCCUCGGAAGCCCAGGCCCAAGUCCGUGAAUCCGCAAACAUCAAACCCGAGCCCACGAACCGGAUCCCCAAGCUCGAAGACAUACCCCUCAAAACUGAGGCCGAAGCGGAUGACGAGGAUGAUGAGGACGAAGACACAAACUUCAUACUCGAGGAGCCAAUGCCGAAUACAAUUGCAGGUAUGCUGACGGAUUCGGGAAUCGGGACGAGUUUGGAGAGUGGACACGAGGGAAAGGGUGCGUGGCCGAGACGGAGGGUGUGAGGUGGUUAUAAGAUGUGUCAAUUUAGGAGUUAUAUGAUGCGAGGAUAUGCUGGAAUCGCG